CCGGCGCACUGACGUCAGCGCUAAAGGUUAUGUACACAGAGGCAUCGGGGAGAGUAUCCGCGCGCUGCGGCUCCAAUAGAAUCGGUACCGGUACGGCCGUCCGGACGCGCCGAACACAGGGAACCAGAACCUCUAAACCCCGCCUUUAAACCCGCUCCGGACCCGAUGAAACCACCGAACACCGGGAGCCGCAACCUGUAACCAGAACCUCCGACCCACAGCCCGCUACGUGUCACUCCGACCAGCUCCUUACUGGCCUGUACUGCUGUUUACUGGUCUGUUUUGGUCUGUACUGGUGUCCACUGGUGUGUACUGGUGUUAACCGGGCUUUACUGUUUUUUUACAGGAGGAGGAUCACACCGGGGUUCAGGAUGAGUGUUUGGGUUCUGGUGGUUGACGUGUGCGUGUGCGCGACGCUGGCCUUCCUGCUGCUGCGUCGCUAUGGUGACCUCGCCAAGCAACAGCGCAUGGUGCUGCUGGCAACGUUGUUGGCCUGGUGUCUGUGCUUCAUCAUCGUCUUCACCAUCCCGCUGGACGUCAGCACGACGAUCUAUAAUCAGUGUGUGAUUGAUAAUCACCGUGUCAUCAGUACGACGGCGAGUCGCUCCAAUCAGACGGAUAACUCCUCAGUGUUUCCCACACAAAGUGUUUCUAAGGUGUGUCACAAACCUUGGAGUUAUAUUCCGGAUGGGGUUCUGCCGAUAUUCUGGAGAGUGGUGUACUGGACCUCACAGUCCCUGACCUGGCUCCUGAUCCCCUUCAUGCAGUCGUACGCUCGUUCCGGAGCGUUCUCAAUUUCAGGAAAGAUAAAAACAGCACUGAUCGAGAACGCUAUCUACUACGGAACCUACCUGUUCAUCUUCUGCUCGCUCCUCAUCUACGUUGCCAUCAGCCCACAGUGGCACCUGUCCUGGUACAACCUGCGCACCAUCGGCAUCACAGCCGCCAACACCUGGGGGCUGUUCCUGCUGGUGCUUUUGCUGGGAUACGGGCUAGUGGAAAUCCCGCGCUCCUAUUGGCUGGCAUCAUGCCACGGACACCUGCUGGCCAAAACUUACUUUAAGGUGGCGAAGCUAAUGACGGAAAAAGCAGAAGCCGAAGAGAACCUGGAGGACGUGAUGGAGGAUGUGCGAGGUGUCAAUGAAAGCAUUAAAUACAACCAUCCUCUGAGGAAGUGCAUCGACACCAUUCUAAAAAAGUGUCCGCUGGAGUAUCAGGAGAAGUUGGGGAGGAAUAUGGAUGAUUAUGAGGAUUUUGAUGAUGAGAGGAAUUCCUGCCCCAGUAAGAAGAGUCUGGUUAAACUCCAUAAACAGGUGAUUUAUGCGGUUCAGAGACAUAACCGUACCCAGGUGCAGUGGCAGAUUCUAUUGGACGAGGCCUUCCAUUUGGAGGACGUGGCUAAAAAUGAGACAAGCUCCGCCCACCAGUUCAUCCACAGCUUUCCUUCGGUUCAGCCGUCGCGCUGGAUCAGUAAAUACAUCUACACCCCCACCGCAGAGUGGUACUGGGAGUGUGUGCUGAGGCGGUGGUGCUGCCGUGUGUUGGCGGUGGGGUUGUGUGUGGUGUCUGUGGCGGUGGUGUGGUCAGAGUGUACAUUCUUCAGCACUCAGCCGGUUCUCUCACUCUUCGCCAUCUUCAUCCAGCUCGCAGAGAGACAGUACAACUACCUGUACAUCCAGGUGGUGUGCUUCAUUAUUAUAAUGUUCCUGUGUUACUGCGUUUACUCCACCGUGUUUCGGAUCCGAGUGUUUAACUACUAUUACCUCGCCCCCCAUCACCAGACCGACGCCUACAGCCUGCAGUUCAGCGGCAUGUUAUUCUGCCGGUUGACUCCGCCCCUGUGUUUGAAUUUUCUGGGUGUGAUUCAUAUGGACUCUACCAUCUCCCACCAGCAGAGGCAGCAGACCAGCUACACCUCAAUUAUGGGAUCUAUGCAGGUUCUGUCGUUCAUUGCUAACGGAUUCUAUAUCUACUACCCAAUGCUUAUAGUGCUGCUCUGCAUCGCCACCUAUUUCAGUUUGGGGACGAGGUGUUUGAAUCUGUUGGGCUUUCAGCAGUUUAUGGGAGAUAAUGAUCUGACCUCUGACCUCGUAGAUGAAGGAAAAGAGCUCAUCCGCAGAGAGCGGAGAAAGAGACAGAGGAGUGAAGAUGGACAGAACAGACGGAAGGAGUGGAUGGAGAAGUACACAGCGAGGAGUCGGAGCUCGUACUCUGAACUCAGAGAGAACACCACAGAUCUCACCGACAGCAGGAGAAGUCAGUCUGGGAGAGAGCAUGGUGAUCAGUCGGAGCUGCUGCAGGACGUCGAGCCGCUGGACUUUAACGAGGAGGAUCUGCAGGACGUGGCGGACAGAAGGUAUGGGGGCGGGCGCUACCUGUCCACCUCAGCGUCCCGUACACGAAUCUUUGACGACGUAUGAGAGAAGGAAGUUGAAGAGAAAAAAAAAGACAGAAUUUGCACUUUUUCACCUCCCUGUUUUCUGAAGUGACCUAUUCACCUGUUCCUGAGUGUGUGAGAACCAGUAGGGGUGGGGUAAUGUGUGUGUGUGUGUGUGUGUGUGUGUGUGUGAGUGUGUUUCUUAACACAGAGCCGACUGUUAAAUGCUGCACACGUACUGCUGUACUGAACCUUUGCCUUAAACCAGUUAAGGAACACGAACCCUCCCAGUAACACCAGUGUCUCUUUCAGUUUGGGUUCAGGCUAGAUAAUUAUUUUGUUAAUACUGUAAAUAAAAUAGUAAUAAACGCUCGAUACUCUCCGGGUUUCAGGAGUAACACUGCUCUCCAUCACUGAACCCGAGCUUUAGUCCUGAACUAUAAAACAUUCAUCAGACUAAACAUCCCAUAAAACCAAGAUAAAACUACAGCAGAUCCUAAACUUACUCUCCGGGUUUCAGGAGUAACACUCUCCAGACUGGGAGUGCACUAGUAGUGAACAGGGAGUGAACUGGAAAUAAACUGGGAAUGAACAGGGAGUGAACUGAGAAUGAACAGGGAGUGAACUGAGAAUGAACAGGGAGUGAACAGGGAAUGAACAGGGAGUGAACUGAGAAUGAACAGGGAGUGAACUGAGAAUGAACAGGCAGUGAACAGGGAGUGAACUGGGAAUGAACAGGGAGUGAACUGGGAAUGAACAGGGAGUGAACUGAGAAUGAACAGGGAGUGAACUGGGAAUGAACAGGGAGUGAACUGAGAAUGAACAGGGAGUGAACUGGGAAUGAACAGGGAGUGAACUGAGAGUGAACAGGGAGUGCACUGAGAGUGAACAGGGAGUGAACUGGUUGGAGGCUCUCAAAGUAAAUAAAAGCAAGCGCUACAUACGUUAGCUGAAACUCAUCAGGGAACCUAAAAAUAUUAAAGCUACAGACUUUAAGGGAAAGUGAGUAUUUAGCAGUUAGCGCUGUGUUUAUGUAGCUGUUAGCAACAUGCUAGCACUACACUGCCACAUAUAAAGCUGCAGCGCAAGCUAUAGUGCAAGGAGAUGCCAUUAGCAUAUGCUAAUGCUAAUGUAAAGGACUGUCUGUAGGAGGGGUAGCCACGCUAUUAGUUGCUGCAGGCUAAUGCGCUAAUCUCUCUGCACGUAGGUUUUACUGAAGGCUGCUGGAGUGGGCGGGGCGUGUUUACGGGAUGAAUGACAGGACUGUGAUAAACACUGUAAAACUGGGGUUCUGCUGUUCCUGCAGAGCCGAGGAGAGCACUGAGCUCCUCAAAAGAGCUUUAAGUGUGUGUGUGUGUGUGUAAUGAGUGUGCUGGAGAACAGAGGGCUCUGAUUGGUCAGUUUAAUGUGUUUGGUGUUCUCUUCUCUGAAAUACCUCAAAUAAACAACUCCACCUCUGACCUUUGACCUCCUUCACCUUCUCACUCCAGGAUGGAGAUACAAGGAUAGCGUCUGUGUUUUAAUGAAGAUCAGUGAAUCUAAAAAUAAACGAACGUAAUUACUA